UUAAUUGGUUUAGUUACAACAAGAUAAUUCCUUUUUUCUUCUCUUGGAGGCCGGUCUGUUUAAAGACAUUUUAGCUGGAAGAUGCUAAUUAUCAACGAGGAGAAAGUGACACCUGAGGAGUUCAUUUUCCAUCUUGGUCCUUGGUUUCUUCCUUUGAACUCCCUCCACCAGGGGCCCCUUUGCCACUUUGUCCCUGGUCCCCUACCAUCAUAAAAGAGAGCUGGUCUCUGGCCAGGGCAGCAGAACUCUUUUUCACAUUUGCCAAGGAGUCCUUCCACUACUGUCUCAGGGGUAUGGACAACCUGGGAGAGACUUUCCUCCACCUGGAGGACGGCCUUGAUGCUUCUGACCCCGUUGGCCUGCUGGCCUCCUGGGACUGGAAAAGCCGAGCCAGGCCCUUGGAGCGGAGCCAGGCAUCCCCAACUCAGAGCCUCUCUCCAGUUCCUUCUCUGGAGUCCUACUCUGAGGUUGCACUGCCCUGUGGUCAUAGCGGGGCCAGCAUUGGAGGCAGCGAUGGCUAUAGCAGCCAUGGGGCUGGUGGCCUGGUAGAGCUGGAUUGUAGCAUGUUAGCUUUCCAACCCGCCUACCUACAAGCCUCUGGUGGUCUCAAAGGCCAGAAGGGUAGCAAAGUCAAGAUGUCUGUCCAGCGGAGACGCAAAGCCAGCGAGAGAGAGAAACUUAGGAUGCGGACCUUGGCAGAUGCCCUGCACACGCUCCGGAAUUACCUGCCCCCUGUCUACAGCCAGAGAGGCCAGCCGCUCACCAAGAUCCAGACACUCAAGUACACAAUCAAGUACAUCGGGGAACUCACAGACCUCCUCAACGGCAGUGGGAGAGAGUCCAGGCCUCAGAGUGUGUGAGUUCUGCCCGUUGGGGAAUCCUACUGGUUCCAGACCUGUGAACAGGCAUGGAGGAAUUCUGAAGACCCGGAACUUGUCUUCCAGGACAAUAGGACAGAGUUAUCAUCUGUGGACACUUACUGUGGCAAUCUGGUGAUCUGCUAAAUUGAAAGGGACUUCCACCUAACCUGCUGGAACUGCGGGGACAUUCACCUGCCAGGCAAGCAGAACAGCUCCGGAUAGUUUCAUCAUGUCUCCAGUGGCUUGACUUUUGCAGAGACAGAUUAUUUUGUCCUGUGUCUUUUAAAGGUAUUUUAAAGGUUCAAUACAGUUUAAAGACACUCUGUUUUGAUAAUGUUGAAUGCCUACAACUAUAACAACUAUAUUCCCCUACCAUUUUGGUUUGGGGGAAUUGUCUUUCUGUUGGAAUGAAACUUGUAUUUUGUACAGGAUCCAGUGUGAAGCUUGGAUUCUUAUUUAGGAAGAUUGUGCCAAGUAAG